AUGUUCGAAGAAGUGCCAGACCUUUUGUUAGACUGGAAAGUGAUAUCCUUUUACCAAGAAAUUGCUAACCUUAACAUCAGCGUUGUACUAGUUACACUAUUUGCUUUUGCUGUCCUGUACUUUAUCUACAACAAUGGGGAACGUCGGUUUCAUCUGAAUCCGAACAGAAUCGUGAAUGAAUGUAGAAGAAACUACGUUCUGAUCACUGGAUGUGACUCUGGAUUCGGCCAAAAGUUGGCUAUUACUUUGGCCGAACGUGGGGUCAAUGUGUUUGCUGCUUGUUUAACUGAGGCUGUAAGUUAUAUUAAGACUUUUAAGAGAGAGUAAGGUAAGGUAGCUCAGAGGUAAGAUAAAUUAACAAAUUUAAAUAUUAACAAAAGUUCAUUCUAGGGUGAAGAACAAAUGAAAAGAGAAACUCUGGAGUUUGGAGGAUGGGUACAUACUAUUCGAUUGGACAUUACCAGCCAAGAGUCGGUCGAUAAAUGUUUUAAAACUGUCAGUUCUACUUUGAAAAAACAGGUAAGCUACGUUUUUGACAACAUCUUUUUAUGAAGUUAAUUCUGAAGUUAAAAUUUUUAUUUUCAGUAUUAUACUUUACUAUUUUCACUAUUUAGUACAAUAUAGUAAUGUAAAUAAAAGUCUGCUGGGAAUUUUGAAACUCAGUGCUAUUUAGUACCAAAUAGUAAAAAAAAGAAAAUUUACAGUUAUUUUAGAACUUUAAUACUAUUUAGUACUACAUAGUACUAGCAAAGAAAAUUUACUGUUAUUUUCUAAAUUGGUUACUAUUCAGUACUAUAUAGUACUAGCAAAUAAAAUUUACAGUUAGUUUCUAAAUUUAUUACUAUUUAGUACUAUAUAGUACUAAAAAAGUAAAUUAACAUUUAAUUUUGAAAUUUUACGCUAUUUUGUACUAUUUAGUACUAUAAAAUAUUAUCAGUUUGAAUAAUUAAAUACUGUUCAGUACAACACAAUUUUUUAGAUAUUUAGUACUAUAUAGUAAUAAUUUGAGUACUACACAGUACUAACCUCAUGGCAUUAAAGUUGUGUGUGCUUUAGGCAUAGAAAAGUUGUUUUUAUAAAUAUGUAAGUUCUUAAAAAUAAACUUGUAACUUUCAGAAAGCCAAGCUCUGGUCUUUAGUGAACAACGCUGGCUUCUGUGCCUUCUACGGCCCAAGUGAUUGGGUAACAACCGAAGAAUACAAGACCUCAAUCGACGUCAACCUUCUUGGCACAAUUCGAAUGUCCCAAAAGUUUAUUCCACUACUCAAACGAUCUCGUGGUAGAUUAGUAACGAUGGUGUCCAUCUCCGGUCGAAUUCAUGGCUUCUACACUGCACCGUACGUUACGGCCAAGUACGGUCUGGAGGGAUUCAUGGAUUCUGUGAGGUUGGAGUUGAGACCUUUUGGCGUGACAGCUCAUAUCAUUGAGCCUGGAGCUUUUAAGACGACUUUGUUGAACAAGAAUGCCAUGUUGGACAGGGUGAACAAGACAUGGAUGAAGUUGCCGAAACACGUGCAGAAUGAGUAUGGGGAGGAGUUUAAGGAAAAUUGUAAGUUAAGUUUGAGUUUGAGAAUAAGUUUUGGCAGAAAAAAUUUUAGUUUAGGCUUAAAAAAUGAAUUUUAGGUUUAAAAAUGAAUUUCAGGCUUAAAAAUGAAUUUUAGGCUUAAAAAUGAAUUUUAGGCUUAAUUAUUCGACCUUAUUAAAAAAAGAUAUCAUCAAACUAUUUCAGUCAUCUCUCAAUGGAUGAGUGGAGUCGACCUCGUAGCCAACCCCAACCUAACAGAAGUCAUCAACGCCUACAUGCAUGCCAUCCUAUCAACCCGCCCCAAAACCCGCUACGUUUGUGGUCUAGAUGCCAGACUUCUCUUCCUGCCUCUCAGCUUCCUCCCCUCGGCCGUCCAAGACUUUAUCUUGGCCUUUUUACCCCGCCUUCAGCUGGCACCAGCUCUGGUACCUAAAGCUACUACGGUAAAGGAAACUGCUAUCGAAUACGACGACGACAGUGAAUAUACGAUCACACAGGUCAAGAACACUGUGAUCGAUGAGAAUUUUAACGAAAAGUUUUUGAAAAAUGGCAUUUCACACGAAAAUGGCGGUCUUGAGGCUUAUUAA